AUGUGUGGAAUUCUACUUCACUAUAGUGUCAAUGGAAUCAGCAAAGAAAGUAAUGAGUACGGCGCUGACAGACUUUUCAAAUCUUUAAUACCGAUCAUUCGAGAAAGAGGGGGGGAUUUUGAGAAGUACAGACUCUUUCCCGAAGAAAAAAUAGAAGUAUAUUCUUCAGUACUUUCCCUUCGUCAACCUCUGGCUGAACAACCUCUCAGUAACGGAAGAUUCACUUUGCAGUUUAAUGGCGAGCUUUAUAAUGAUGAAAUAUCGAGCCAUAUGAACGACGUGGAGUAUUUGCUCGGGAAGCUCAUUAAUGAUUACGAGGGUGAUGUGAUAAAAACCAUAGGACAUUUAAAGGGAGAGUUUGCAUAUUCCAUAAUUGAUAGGGCAGAGAACAAGAUUUAUUUUGGAAAAGAUGUUACCGGAAGAAAAUCUUUGUGUUUCUCAAUUGAUACUCUAGGUGAGCUCUAUAUCAGCAGUUGUCCACCAUGGACUAAUAAAGAGAAGGAAAACUUUUUUGAAUGCAAACGUGCAACAGUGUAUUGCUUUGAUAUGAAAACUAAAGUAAUGGACCGUAUCUCAAGUGAAGAAAACAAGUUUUUACCGAGUGCCUACAAAGUUUUGAACAACAUCAAUAUGAAUGUUAAUGAAACUGACAUCAUCAGUAAGAUACACAGACAGCUUGGCCACUCUGUUUACAAACGUAUCUCUACAAUCUUUCCACUACUUGAAGACAUGACCGAAUCAAAGUUUGCGAUUUUAUUUAGUGGCGGAAUUGACUGUACACUUAUUGCAGGUCUCUGUGGAGAGAUCUGCGAAAAAGAUACUACUAUUGAUUUAUUGAAUGUAUCAUUCAGUAACCCAAGAGCCAACUUAACAUACGAUGAGACUCCUGAUCGUAAGUUAGCCAUUAAGAAUUGCGAGCAGUUGAACCUCAAAUAUAACAAGGAAAAAGGCGUCUUUUUCAAGCUAGUCAAGGUCGAUGUACCAUACGAAGAGUACUUUGCUGCAAGAGAACGUGUGGUGAAUUUGAUAUAUCCAAACGACACAGAAAUGGAUCUUUCCAUAGCUAUAGCAUUUUAUUUUGCUGCCAGUGGCAAGGGAAGCAAUGAGGUAUCCAGCAAUUGUAAAGUACUUCUUAGUGGACUAGGAGCCGAUGAAUUGUUUGGCGGAUAUACGAGACACGAAAGAAUUUUUACCGGGGUGAGCAAUCAAACAAAGAGACGGUUAAAAAACAAACCUGCAACGGACUUUUCUGAUUACAAUUUGACACUACUGAAUGCAGAACUAAGAGACGAACUACAGUGUGAUCUAGACAGAUUAUGGGAGAGAAACCUCACCAGAGACGAUAAAGUCAUUUGCUGCUGGGGCAAGGAAGUUAGGUAUCCCUUCUUGGAUGAGGACUUCAUGAAUUGGGUGACUACAGAAGGAAAUGUACCACUUAAUUGGAAGCUCAACUAUAACGCGGAUACGGGAGAAAUCACAAGGAAACUCAUACUACGACGUCUAGCAGAGCACAAAAUGGGGUUGGAUUUCGUCGCACAAGAACCUAAAAGGGCAGUCCAGUUUGGAUCGAAAAGUGCCAAGAUGGAAGUCGGCUCAGGUAAGAUGAAGGGAACUGACAAGCUUACUGGCUGA